CCAUAUUUGGGCCUUACGAGCCCACAGGCCGCGGAGAAGCCGCGGGGAGGCCGGGAGCCCGUGGGCCGGAGCCGCCCGGCCGGAGCGUGGGCGCUGGGCGGCCGGCCCACCCGUGGGGGCAACUUGAGCGUUGAGGGCGCGCGGGGAGGCGAGCCAUCAUGUUCAACCAGCAGCAGCAGCAGCAGCUCCAGCAGUUACAGCAGCAGCAGCUCCAGCAGCAGCAAUUGCAGCAGCAGCAGUUACUGCAGCUCCAGCAGCUGCUCCAGCAGUCUCCACCACAGGCCCCCUUGCCCAUGACUGUGAGCCGGGGCCUCCCCGCACAGCAGCCACAGCAGCCGCUUCUGAAUCUCCAGGGCACCAACUCAGCCUCCCUCCUCAACGGCUCCAUGCUGCAGAGAGCUUUGCUUUUACAGCAGUUGCAAGGACUGGACCAGUUUGCAAUGCCACCAGCCACGUAUGACACUGCCGGUCUCACCAUGCCCACGGCAACACUGGGUAACCUCCGAGGCUACGGCAUGGCAUCCCCAGGCCUCGCAGCCCCCAGCCUGACAACCCCCAGCCUCACACCCCCCCAACUGGCCACUCCAAAUUUGCAACAGUUCUUUCCCCAGGCCACUCGCCAGUCCUUGCUGGGACCUCCUCCUGUUGGGGUCCCCAUGAACCCCUCCCAGUUCAACCUUUCAGGACGGAACACCCAGAAACAGGCCCGGACCUCCUCCUCUACCACCCCUAAUCGAAAGGAUUCUUCUUCUCAGACAAUGCCUGUGGAAGACAAGUCAGACCCCCCUGAGGGGUCUGAGGAAGCCGCAGAGCCCGGGAUGGACACACCAGAAGACCAAGAUUUACCACCCUGCCCAGAGGACAUUGCCAAGGAAAAAUGCACUGCAGCACCUGAGCCUGAGCCUUGUGAGGUGUCCGAGCCGCCAGCCAAGAGGUUGAGGAGCUCAGAAGAACCCACAGAGAAGGAACCUCCAGGGCAGCUACAGGCGAAGGCCCAGCCACAGGCCCGGAUGACAGUACCGAAACAGACACAGACACCAGACCUGCUGCCUGAGCCCCUGGAAGCCCAAGUGCUGCCACGAUUCCAGCCACGGGUCCUGCAGAUCCAGGCCCAGGUGCAGUCACAGACUCAGCCACGGAUACCACCCACAGACGCCCAGGUGCAGCCAAAGCUGCAGAAGCAGGCACAAACACAGACCUCUCCUGAGCACUUAGUGCUGCAACAGAAGCAGGUGCAGCCACAGCUGCAGCAGGAGGCAGAGCCACAGAAGCAGAUGAAGCCACAGGUACAGCCACAGGCACAUUCACAGGCCCCAAGGCAGGUGCAGCUGCAGCAGGAGGCAGAGCUGCAGAAGCGGCUGCGGCCCCAGGCACGUUCCCAGCCCCCAAGGCAGGUGCACCUGCAGCUGCAGAAGCAGGCCCAGACACAGACGUAUCCACAGGUCCACACACAAGCACAGCCAAGGGUCCAGCCGCAGGAGCAGCCUCCAGUGCAGGUGCCAGUACAGCCACCAGAGCAAACCCAUGAGCAGCCUCAGACCCAGCCACAGGUGUCGGUGCUGGCUCCAGAGCAAACACCGGUUGUGGUUCAUGUCUGCGGGUUGGAGAUGCCACCUGAUACAGUAGAAGCUGGUGGAGACAUGGAAAAGACCUUGCCGGAGCCUGUGGGCACCCAAGUCAGCAUGGAAGAGAUCCAGAAGGAGUCGGCCAGUGGCCUAGAUGUGGGAGAAUGUGAAAACAGAGCAAGAGAGAUGCCAGGGGUAUGGGGCGCUGGGGGCUCCCUGAAGGUCACCAUUCUGCAGAGCAGUGACAGCCGGGCCUUUAGCACUGUACCCCUGACACCUGUGCCCCGCCCCAGUGACUCCGCCUCCUCCACCCCUGCAGCUACCAGCACUCCCUCAAAGCAGGCCCUCCAGUUCUUCUGCUACAUCUGCAAGGCCAGCUGCUCCAGCCAGCAGGAGUUCCAGGACCACAUGUCGGAGCCUCAGCACCAGCAGCGGCUAGGGGAGAUCCAGCACAUGAGCCAAGCCUGCCUCCUGUCCCUGCUGCCCGUGCCCCGGGAUGUCCUGGAGACAGAGGAUGAGGAGCCUCCACCAAGGCGCUGGUGUAACACCUGCCAGCUCUACUACGUGGGGGACCUGAUCCAACACCGCAGGACACAGGACCACAAGAUCGCCAAACAAUCCUUGCGACCCUUCUGCACCGUUUGCAACCGCUACUUCAAAACCCCUCGCAAGUUUGUGGAGCACGUGAAGUCCCAGGGGCAUAAGGACAAAGCCAAGGAGCUGAAGUCACUUGAGAAGGAGAUUGGUGGCCAAGAUGAGGACCACUUCAUUACAGUGGACGCUGUGGGUUGCUUUGAGGGUGAUGAAGAGGAAGAGGAUGAUGAGGAUGAAGAAGAGAUCGAGGUUGAGGAGGAACUCUGCAAGCAGAUGAGGUCCAGAGAUAUAUCCAGAGAGGAGUGGAAGGGCUCGGAGACCUACAGCCCCAAUACUGCAUAUGGUGUGGACUUCCUGGUACCGGUGAUGGGCUACGUCUGCCGCAUCUGUCACAAGUUCUAUCACAGCAACUCAGGGGCACAGCUCUCCCACUGCAAGUCCUUGGGCCACUUUGAGAGCCUGCAGAAAUACAAGGCGGCCAAGAACCCCAGCCCCACCACCCGACCUGUGAGCCGCCGGUGCGCCAUCAACGCCCGGAACGCUUUGACAGCCCUGUUCACCUCCAACGGCCGCCCACCCUCCCAGCCCAACACCCAGGACAAAACACCCAGCAAGGUGACGGCUCGACCCUCCCAACCCCCACUACCUCGGCGCUCCACCCGCCUUAAAACCUGAUAGAGGGACCUCCCUGUCCUCCGGCCUGCCUGGGUCCAAAUCUGCUAAUGCUUUUUAGAAGUCUGCCUGGAAACUUUGACAUGGUUCGUAUUUUUACUCAAAAUCCAAUAAAAACAAGGUAGUUUGGCUGUGCA